CAUAGCGAGGCUUGGAGCGCACUUCCGGCUGAGAAUGCUACCAUGGUAACGCGUCUCACGGGCUCUGCCCCAUUCACUGUGCUGAAGGACGAGGCUGUGAAAGGCCUUUGUGACAUUCGACAGAGAUACUGAAGGACUGAGGAUGGAGACAUUAAAACCUGCUUUUACAGAGAAUCCAGUACUUCUGUACACUUUGGAAGGGAACAUCGAAGGCCUCCAGUCCUUAUUCGAAGAUCCAGCUGAGGCUCAUCAUGAGCAAGGCAGCAAACUGCUCCUGGAGGAAGAUCUACUAGGGAGAAGCCCUCUGUUUUUAGCCUGUAUUCUUGGUCGUACUGAGGUUGUAAGAGCAUUAGUAAAGUAUGGAGCAAAUAUUAAUCAACAAACAACUCGAGGUUACUUGCCAUUGCAUUGUGCUGCAGCAUGGGGUCAUCUAGAGGUAUUAAAGACUCUAGUAGAACUAGGAGGUGAUAUCUUGCUGUUAAAUUUCCGAGAAGAAAAGGCAUGUGAUAUCGCUGCCAGAUAUAACAAGACAGACUGUGCUGAUUUUCUCCAGUGGGCUGAAGCCAGGCUGGCUCUGAAGACUUACAUAGGUUUUAUUCAGCAAACCAUCUCAGACCCUGAAAAGGUUCAAGGGAGACUCCAUAAAGAUGAUAAGAAAUUAGCUGUGAAUGCUUGUAAAGCCAAAAAUGAAUGGCUGGAGAACAACAAAAAUGCAACAACACAAGACUUUGUAGACCAGAAGCUACAACUGGAAAGCACCAUGCAGUCUGUCUUCACAAAACUUGAUACACCACGUGCAGAAACCGGAAAAUCCAAACGCUGAUAUAUGCUGAGCAUCAGAUUUAAUUUAUUUUUUCAGAUGUAUUUUUAUUAUAGCCUUCAUGUAUAUGGAGACAGAAAAUUGUUUAUUUUACCUCCUAUACCACUCUUACUACCUAUUUUUUUUUCUACAAAUGACAUAAAUUCUAAUAUUGUAAGUCUCCAUUACUAAAAUCUCAUAUAAGUUUUAACAUGUAAAUGUAAUUAAACAUGUUUUCAAUGUUUGAAAUAUGACCUUUAUUAAAAUACUGGUGAUCCUG